CAUGUGAAAUGUGACUUCUUCUCUAGCAGUCUUCUCUCUUUCUCUUUUUGAUGAAUUAUCAUUGGAAAGAAGAGGCCUGCAGGCAGACCGUAGUUUACUAUUUAGGGCAAAGUCGAAACAUUUCUCUUGCAGAGCAGAGUGACAGUGUCGGUGCUGGAUGUGAAGAUGGGGCACACUUUGCUCUGUGUGCUCUCAUUAUUCUCACUGAAUACACUCCUCUACGGAAAAGCUCAAGGACCCAAACCCACUCUAACAGCAUCCAGCACAGUUAUACCAGAAGGGGGCAGCAUCAUACUGACCUGCUUUGCAGAGAACUCUGUUGGUUUCAGAUAUGAGUUGUACAGACGUUCCUCAAACACCAAUGAAUAUCAGCCCAUUAAAGUUGAUGAAUCAGGACUAGUUUUCAGGAUUUCACAGGGAGGCAUUUACAGCUGCAGGGGAGGGAGACCAGGGACAGAUUCUGUCACACGUUACAGUGAACCAGUCACCAUUCAGGAAACUGUUUCAAACAGGAUCACUGUGACUCUACAACCCAACUGGUCUCAGAUAUUCAGUGGUGAGAUGAUCAUUGUCACAUGUGAGAUCCAGGGAGGUGGAGACACUGGGUGGACGUAUGAAUGGGAAACAACCAGCUCAAACAAUCCUCCAUCACAUGAAUACAGGAUCAACAGAGCUACUGUGUCUGACAGUGGAGACUACAGGUGCAGGGGUAAAAGUGACUAUUCCAUAACAGAGUGGAGUGAUAAAGUGAGACUGACAGUAUCACCCAAUAAACCCAGACCCACAUUGACAACAGACAGGACAAUUAUACCAGCAGGGGGCAGAGUGACACUGACCUGCUCUGUGGACGGCUCUGCUGACUGGAAAUACUCCUGGUUCAGACAUAUUUCACACCUUUCUCCAGCUGAUCCAGUGAUCACAGUCUCAGAGGAAGGUCUCUACCACUGCAGAGGUAGGAGAGAGGAUUCAUCGUUUUUCACAGAGGACAGCAAUACAGUCCGCAUUCAGAGAACUGUUUCAAACAGCAUCACUGUGACUCUACAACCCAACUGGCCUCUGAUAUACAGAGGAGAGACGAUCACUGUCAGAUGUGAGAUCCAGGGAGGUGGAGACACUGAGUGGAUGUAUGAAUGGACACUAGCCAAGUUAAACACACCUCCAUCACACAAUGAAUACAGGAUCAACAGAGCUACUGAGUCUGACAGUGGAGACUACAGGUGUAAGGCUAGAAGUGAAUAUCUCCUAACAGAGUGGAGUGAUAAAGUGAGACUGACAGUAUCACCCAACAAACCCAGCUCCACACUUAGAGCAGACACAUCAAUCAUACCAGCAGGGGGCAGUGUGACACUGACCUGCUCUGUGAUCAGAUCUGCUGGUUGGACAGUUUUUAAGUGGUACAGACGAUCCUCUGACUCUUCUGAAGCUCAGGUCAUAAAUGGUAUUAGAUCAGACCACAUUAUCAGGAUUUCAGAAGGAGGCAUCUACACAUGCAGAGGAGGGAGAGGAAAACCAGAGUUCUUCACAGAAGAAAGCAAGAAAGUCACCAUUCAGAAAACUGGUGAGUUCAGUCAUUUGUUCUGCAAUAAAACAACACACACUCUUUCAACAUGUUUAUCUGUUUAUCAAAUUAUAACUGGGUAUUUUCUCACAGUUUCCAAAGAGGUCACUGUGACUCUACAACCCAACUGGCCUCUGAUAUACAUCGAUGAGACGAUCACUGUCAGUUGUGAGAUCCAGGGAGGUGGAGACACUGAGUGGACGUAUGAAUGGAGACCAGCCAAGUUAAACACACCUCCAUCACAUGAAUACAGGAUCAACAGAGCUACUGUGUCUGACAGUGGAGACUACAGGUGCAGGGGUAGAAAGGAUUAUUCCUUAACACAGUGGAGUAAUGUCAUCACAUUGACUGUAUCAUCAGAUAAACCUCAGGCCUCACUGAGAGCAGACAGGACAGUCAGACCAGCAGGGGGCAGUGUGACACUGACCUGCUCUGUGAACCCAUCACCUGGUUGGAAAUACUUCCUGUACAGAGACAAUAAACUCUCUGAACCCCUGACCACACAUGAUGCUGCUUUUCAAACAACUGGAAGAACCAGUGUCUCACAGGAAGGACUCUACAGCUGCAGAGGAGGAAGAGGAGACCCAGUUUACUACACAGAAUACAGUCACUCAGUUAGCAUUGACAUCACUGUGUCAAACAGAGCUGUUGUGAUUCUGCAACCCAACGUCUCUGAGAUAUACAGAGGAGAGACGAUCACUGUCAGAUGUGAGAUCCAGGGAGGUGGAGACACUGAGUGGGAGUAUAAAUGGAAAACAACCACCUCAUUCAAACCUUCAAAUCAACAUGAACACAGGAUCAGUUCUGCUUCAUCAUCCCACAGUGGAGACUACAGGUGUAAGGGCAGAGUGAAAAGUUCACAACAUAGAACAACAGAGUGGAGUUCUUCAGUCAGACUGACAGUGUAUGACAAUAAACCUCGGCCUGUCCUCACUGUGUCUCCAUCAUGGCUGAGUCCUGGAGCCUCAGUAACUCUGAACUGUGAGGUUGAACAUCCAUCUGCAGGAUGGAGGUUCUACUGGUAUAAGACUGUUCCUGAUCUGUCACACAACUACUACAGCUAUAAGCUGUUACCUGGUAACAGCAGAGGGACUGAACAGGAUUCCUACAUCGUUCAUGGUCAGACACACACAGCAGGAUAUGUGUGUAGAGCUGGAAGAGGAGAUCCAGUGUUUUACACUGACAAUAGUGAACCAAAGUUUGUCUGGUCUGGAGAUCUUCAUCCAGCAGCGUCUCUCACAGUGAAUCCUGACAGAGUGCAGCACUUCACCUCUGACUCUGUCUCACUGAGCUGUGAGGGAAACUCUACUGAGUGGAGAGUGAAGAGGUUUAAUGAACAUGGCUACCAGUCACACUGCUCUUACUGGGGGAGAAUGACUGGAUCCACAUGUAACAUCCACCUUCACUGGCAUAAUGAUGCAGUGUACUGGUGUGAGUCUGGAUCAGGAGAAUUCAGCAAUGCAGUCAACAUCACUGUACAGAAUAAACCUCGGCCUGUCCUCACUGUGUCUCCAUCAUGGCUGAGUCCUGGAGCCUCAGUAACUCUGAACUGUGAGGUUGAACAUCCAUCUGCAGGAUGGAGGUUCUACUGGUAUAAGACUGUUCCUGAUCUGUCACACAACUCCUACAGCUAUAAGCUGUUACCUGGUAACAGCAGAGGGACUGAACAGGAUUCCUACAUCGUUCAUGGUCAGACACACACAGCAGGAUAUGUGUGUAGAGCUGGAAGAGGAGAUCCAGUGUUUUACACUGAGAAUAGUGAACCAAAGUUUGUCUGGUCUGGAGAUCUUCAUCCAGCAGCGUCUCUCACAGUGAAUCCUGACAGAGUGCAGCACUUCACCUCUGACUCUGUCUCACUGAGCUGUGAGGGAAACUCUGCUGAGUGGAGAGUGAAGAGGUUUCCUGAACAUGGCUACCAGUCAGACUGCUCUUACUGGAGGACAAUGACUGGAUCCACAUGUAAUGUGGGGCUUUACUGGUAUGAUACUGCAGUGUACUGGUGUGAGUCUGGAUCAGGAGAAUUCAGCAACGCAGUCAACAUCACUGUACAGAAUGAUUAUCAUUAUGGUAUUAUCCUGGUGAGCCCCGUCCAUCCUGUGACUGAGGGAGAGUCUGUUAGUCUUGGCUGCAGAUUCAGGACUGAAGAAAAACUUUCCAGUGUGUUUUUCUAUCACAAUGACAAACUCAUCCAAAAUGACACCAGACAGGAGCUGAAUAUCUCUGCAGUGUCAAAGUCAGAUGAAGGUUUCUACAAGUGUCAGUGCUCAGAAAGAAAGUCAGCACAGAGCUGGAUGUCAGUUAAAGUUGCAGUGAUGGAACCUAAAAGCUCUUCAUCUCCUGUGCUGCUGAUCGUUCUGCUGCUUUGUGGAAUAGUAUUGAUUAUUCUCCUGCUGCUGUGUUGCUGCAGAAAGUCAACAGAUCCAUGUUGGAACAGGCUCACCCAGUCUCAAAGAGAGAAUAAAGCUACAGAUAAAACUGUCAGCCAGGAUGAUAAUCAACAGCAAACAUAUUCCUCUCUUCUGCAGGGUGACGUUCAUGUCUAUGAGUCAAUCAGAGACUCUGAAAACACUGGAGAAGGUGACUAUCGAGUCUAUGAAACAAUCAGAGGCUCUGAAAACACUGGAGAAGGUAUUUAUGAAGAAGGUCCAUAAAGAGAUGAACAUCAUGGACGACAUGAGAAAACCAUAUUCAUGUAUUGGCACUGACAUGGCAGUGACGGCUUUAGAGAGAUUGAACAGCAAAUAUAAUGUGUGUGUGUGUGUGUAUUUACUUCAAAUGGUUAUGAAUACUUUUAUUUUUUUAGGUUUGUCUUCACAUACAGUAUCACUGUACACAUGUAUGUUUUAAGCCCAUUUAAAUGGUAUUCCUGCACACUCUUGCAGUUAUGGGUGGGGGGUUAGGGUAGGGCUGUUGAUUGUGACUACAGAGUGUAUAUAGUGACACAUGGUGGCAGUGCUGUGUAUAACAAGACAAAAUUUGAAAAUACACCUGUGAUUAUUCAGCUGACUUUAUUACAACCCAUCUGCUGUUAGUUACAAAAUGAAGAGCUAAAAACAGAAAUACAUAAUAAUAUAAAAUAGAAUAGAAAUAUAUAAUAUAAAUUACCAUCAUACAACAAUGUGAAGUCUCUCAGCUUAUAAAAGUCAACUUCUACAAAGUUGCCACAAUGCUGAUGUUUAUCUUAUUCAUAUUAUUGUAAAAUAACAAGUACAUCUUUCAUAUGUUCUUCUACAAAACUGCAAAAAAUAUUGUGUGUGGCAGUAGUUGUAUAAAUGAUGCCAAACGUG